AUGGCAGACAACGGUGCUCCAGGCAGUGCUCAGCUCCCACCACCACCGCAGACUUCUGCUGGUGCGCCAGGCUAUGAGAAUGGCCACAACAGCCAGGGCAAUCCUUCGCAUAUGCCACCGCCACCACUUCCACCAGUCAUUAUUCCGCAAAACACAAAUCCAAUCCCAACUGCUAUUACAUCUCCUAUGGGCGAGAAUGGUGGGGUAAUGUCGCCAGACAGCGCUGGUGGAUUUGUUCGCCGAGCUGCACCGGAACCAAACAAGCGCGCAUUAUAUGUUGGAGGUCUUGACCCAAGAGUCACUGAAGAAAUACUCCGUCAAAUUUUUGAGACAACUGGCCAUGUUCAAAAUGUCAAAAUCAUUCCUGACAAGAAUGUAGGUGCUUCAAAGGGAUUCAACUAUGGUUUCGUCGAAUAUGAUGAUCCCGGAGCAGCUGAGAGAGCCAUGCAAACUUUGAAUGGAAGACGUGUCCACCAGGCUGAAAUUCGAGUGAACUGGGCUUACCAAUCGAACACAUCAAACAAGGAAGAUACAUCAAACCACUUCCACAUCUUUGUUGGAGACCUCUCAAACGAAGUGAAUGACGAGGUUCUAUUACAGGCUUUCUCUGCCUUUGGAUCUGUGUCCGAGGCACGUGUUAUGUGGGAUAUGAAGACAGGAAGAUCCAGGGGCUACGGCUUUGCUGCUUUCCGUGAGCGUCAGGAUGCUGAGAAGGCACUAAGCUCUAUGGACGGUGAAUGGCUGGGCUCCCGAGCUAUUCGUUGCAACUGGGCCAACCAGAAGGGCCAGCCAUCUAUCUCGCAGCAACAAGCCAUGUCUGCCAUGGGCAUGACUCCUACCACGCCUUUUGGUCAUCAUCACUUCCCAACCCAUGGUGUUCAGAGCUAUGAUAUGAUUGUUCAACAAACUCCCCAAUGGCAAACCACUUGCUAUGUCGGAAACUUGACACCAUACACAACACAACAGGAUCUUGUCCCAUUGUUCCAGAAUUUUGGAUAUGUUGUCGAGACUCGUUUCCAAGCCGAUCGAGGCUUUGCUUUUGUAAAGAUGGACUCUCAUGAGAAUGCCGCACUCGCCAUUUGUCAAUUGAGUGGAUACAAUGUCAAUGGUCGUCCUCUCAAGUGUAGUUGGGGUAAGGAUAAAGCACCCACCUCAGCAGGCUUCGAUGGCUCUCAGCAAAGCUACAGCCCUCAAGCUGGACCAACUCCUGGUGGAUUCCCAGGUACACCCAACGCUUAUUUCCCACAAUACGGUGGAAUGCCUCCGCAAGCUGGACCUCAAUCAGCUGGACCCAUGGCUAAUCAGCAGUCCCCAGGCCAAUUCGCUGGUCAACAAGGAGGAUACGGUGGCCCUCCAGCUCAAUCUCCAGCACAAUACAGCAACCAACCCAUGGGAUAUGGUGGCCCUGCCAGUGCUGGAGGAUAUGGUCGUGGUGCUCAACCAACACCAACCGCGCAGUGGAGUGCUCCCGCUACGCAAAGUUACGGAAACGGCUUUGGUGGUUACCAAGGCUAA